GGACCAUAAUGGAGGAGCACCGCGGCGAGAUGGCGCGCUGGCUCGACGUCCUCGUCGCCAAGGGAGUCCAAGAACUCGUCUUUGUCAACCGCCCUUGGCCGCUAGACCUGCGCCUCCCGGCCACGCUCUUCAGCUGCUCCUCCCUCACCCGCCUCUAUCUCGGCGUCUGGAGGAUCCCGGACACCGCCGCCGUACCACGCGGCGCCAGAUUCCCCAACCUCAAGGAGCUCGGCCACUGCAUGACUGUCAUGGAGGACCGCGAUCUGGCAUUCAUGCUUGAAAGAAGCCCCGUCCUGGAGUCCCUCAUCAUCAUGGGGAGCCAGACCGGAGUGCGCCUGCGCCUCGUCAGCCAAAGCGUGCGGUGCUUUCAGCUGGGAUAUACCUACUUGGAGGACAUCGAGGUGGUGGAUGCACCUCGCCUGGAGAGGCUCUUCCAGUCGGAUAAUUUUCGCCAGAGCGGGCUCACUGCCCCCAGCAUCAAGAACUGCUCUUCCAAGAUCAAGAUUGGGCGUGCACCUAACCUGCGUGUGCUGGGAUACAUUCGGCCAGGAGAGCAAGAGUUGGGGAUUAGCAACAUCAUCAUCGUGGCUGGAACAAAGGAGAGCAUUGUCCCUAGUGUCCAGAUUUUGGCCAUAGAGGUGCAAUUCGGUUGCCGCAAUUCUGUCAAGAAAGUGCCUGGUUUUCUCAGAUGCUUUCCUAACCUGGGGACCCUCCAUGUCCAGUCCGCACGCAUACCUAAAGAGUCCACUGGCAAGGUGAAUCUCAAGUUCUGGCAGGAGUGCGGUCCCAUCAAAUGCGUACUGCAGAGCUUGAAGAAGGUGUUCUUGUACGAGUUUCGAGGGUCAGAAGUGAAGUUGCUUUCCUCAAGUUCAUCGCGGAGAGAGGUGGGGUGCUGGAGCAGAUGGUGGUUGUGGUGGCCAAGGAAUGUUUCUCUCCGGGAAGUGAUGGUUUGAAUGCCAAGCUGAAGCCUCUGACCAACGCAAAAUGGAACAGCAAAGGUUGCAAACUUGAGCUCUUCAAGAGCCCACUCACUGAUGUGGCAGGUCCAAUUUGCAGCCACCGACAUGCUUCUGACUUCGGGUUUGCUGACCCCUUUGACCUCGAGUUCUACUGCGAAUCUGAAACGAUCUCCGUAAGUUAAUAAGUAGCAGUAUGCCGUGCCUCUUGUGGUGCAAGACUACUGGUAACUAGUUAGACUUUGUGUUGUCGGGAAUGACAGACAGGAGCUAAAAAUACCUGCAUUUCUAUUGGCAAGCUUUCUGCAUGAUGAGGUUGUUUCUUGUUUGUGCCAAGUCAAGACUUAUGUGGCUAAAUGCUGGUGGAAGAAGUAACAGAUCGAAUUAGAUAAAAAAUAUUA